AAGGUAACUUCUGGGUUUCUUCUUAUAUAUCUGGGAGACUGCCAGACUGGGAUGGAUCUCUUGCUUCGUAAUUCGCAUGGCCCAGUAGCCCCACCCCAGUGCCAGUGGCCCAGUGAGUCUCAUUUUCUUGGUGAGUACGCGCGUCUCUUCCCUCACGCGCCGCCCGCCUUUUCUUACAAGCCCCCGUUUUCCCUCUCCCAACUUCCUUACCAUAGAUUAAAACGCUCUUCUCAGUUCUCCCUCUACUACGACUUCGGAUCUGCUGCUCCUGCUCGCAAGGCUGUGACCUGUGUAUAACGUGAAACUUAUCCAGUCCCGACUCACUACGACUCCGGAUCUGCUGCGCGCAAGGCUGUCUAUAACGGGUUUCCCUCUACUAUUGCUACUGCUACUAUUCAUAUUACUAUUUCUUCGUCGUUUUCUUGUACCAGGUACCUUCUCGCUAGAUUUGCUUCUUAAGAGGUUAUCAGGUGGGAUGGGGACGCCGGACGGAACAAAAAAGAUGAAUACUUCGAACUAUCUCCGGCAUGUAGAGUCCAUGAUGGUUCUUCCAUCCGGGGCCGGAGAGAUCUCGCAUUUGAAUGCUGUCAUACUCGGGGAAGCGCUUGCUUCGGAGGAGAACGAUCUGGUGUUCCCCUGCGAGGAGUUCUCACGCCAGGCUUUGGUUCCGUCACCGGAGAAGUACCUAGGGAUGUAUAAAAGGUCGAUUACAGAUCCUGCUGGAUUUUGGUCGGAGAUAGCAUCAGAAUUUUACUGGAAACAGAAGUGGGGUACACAAGUUUACUCAGAGAAUUUGGAUGUCAGGAAGGGUCCUAUUAAGAUUGAGUGGUUCAAAGGUGGUAUUACAAACAUAUGCUACAAUGCACUGGAUAGGAAUAUUGAAGCAGGAAAUGGUGACAAAAUUGCAAUAUAUUGGGAAGGGAAUGACCUGGGUCAAGAUGGGAGCUUGACAUACAGCAGUCUGUUGGAGAAAGUUUGCCAGCUCUCCAAUUUCUUGAAAGACAUUGGUGUGCAAAAGGGAGAUGCUGUUGUAAUUUAUUUACCCAUGCUGAUGGAAUUGCCAAUUGCAAUGCUGGCUUGUGCUCGCAUUGGUGCUGUUCACUCGGUUGUAUUUGCUGGAUUCUCUGCAGAGUCUCUUGCUCAAAGAAUUGUGGAUUGCAAAGCUAAAGCUGUAAUAACUUGCAAUGCUGUUCAAAGAGGUCCUAAAGUCAUCCAUCUUAAAGACAUAGUAGAUGUUGCCUUGGUUGAAUCAGCCAAAAGUGGAGUUUCUGUAGAUGUAUGUUUGACCUAUGAAAACCAGUCGGCCAUGAAUAGACAAGAUACAGAAUGGAAGCAAGGAAGAGAUAUCUGGUGGCAGGAUAUCGUCCCAAAAUAUCCAACCACAUGUGAGGUUGAAUGGGUUGAUGCAGAAGACCCACUUUUUCUUCUCUAUACUAGUGGGAGCACAGGAAGGCCAAAGGGUGUUGUGCACACAACUGGGGGAUACAUGAUAUACACUGCAACAACAUUCAAAUAUACAUUUGACUACAAACCAUCCGACAUAUACUGGUGUACUGCUGAUUGUGGUUGGAUUACUGGACACAGCUAUGUUACAUAUGGUCCUUUGCUAAAUGGAGCGACUGUGGUAGUUUUUGAAGGGGCCCCCAGUUAUCCAGAUCCUGGACGUUGUUGGGACAUUGUUGACAAAUACAAAGUAACAAUAUUCUAUACUGCUCCAACACUGGUCCGUUCUCUCAUGCGGGAAGGGGAUGAGUAUGUGACUCGUUACUCUCGCAAAUCCUUACGGGUUCUUGGAAGUGUUGGAGAGCCCAUCAAUCCAAGUGCAUGGAGGUGGUUUUUCAAUGUUGUUGGAGAUUCAAGAUGCCCAAUAUCAGACACCUGGUGGCAAACUGAGACUGGUGGCUUCAUGAUUGCUCCCUUACCAGGGGCCUGGCCACAGAAGCCUGGUUCAGCCACUUUCCCUUUCUUUGGUAUCCAGCCAGUCAUAGUUGACGAGAAGGGAACUGAGAUUGAAGGCGAGUGCAGUGGUUAUCUAUGCGUGAAGAGCUCAUGGCCUGGGGCAUUUCGUACCCUUUAUGGUGAUCAUGAAAGAUAUGAAACUACAUACUUUAAGCCAUUUCCAGGCUAUUAUUUCAGUGGUGAUGGCUGUAGCAGGGACAAGGAUGGAUACCAUUGGCUUACUGGAAGAGUUGAUGAUGUUAUCAAUGUCAGUGGACACCGUAUUGGCACUGCAGAAGUGGAAUCUGCUUUAGUUUCGCACCCUCAAUGUGCUGAAGCUGCUGUGGUUGGUGUUGAGCAUGAGGUCAAAGGACAGGGGAUUUAUGCAUUUGUUACACUAGUUGAGGGUGUUCCUUACAGUGAAGAACUCCGGAAAAGCCUUAUAUUAACUGUAAGAAAUCAGAUUGGAGCAUUUGCAGCCCCAGAUAAAAUCCAUUGGGCACCAGGCCUUCCAAAGACAAGGAGUGGAAAGAUAAUGAGAAGGAUUCUGAGGAAAAUUGCUUCUAGGCAAUUAGAUGAGCUUGGUGACACAAGCACACUUGCAGAUCCAAAUGUAGUAGACCAGCUUAUUGCUCUCAGUGAUUGUUAAAGGUCAGGAAUUUAGAAGCCAUCCUUCAUGACCCUUCUUCCUAUUCGGGCUCAACAAGUUUUAAGCGUGGAGAUUACCUGUAUGAGUCAAAUAAUUUUUUGGCAGCAUUGUCAUCAUCUCUCAUCUGUCAUUGUUAUCAUCUUUUAUCAUCCUUCACUGUUUGGCGUGAAACAUCAUUCAUUGUAACUAUCGAAUUGGUCUACUAAAUAAAGAUUGAAGGCUUCAAUUUUGUACAAUUC